AAGAAUUUGAUAUUAUAUUAUCCAAUAUGAAACACCGACAGGAGAGCCUUACCAUUUUGUAAAUUAUAUGAAGAUUGUUCGUGAGACUUGAGUAUGCGUGCCGAAAAUACUGUGUUGGAAAGAUCAGAAUUUCAAUGAACGCUACAGCAUAUUGGAGAAAGAUUAGGAUAAUAGUUCAUAAUUCUUGAACAUUUGCUGAAAGUGCUGGAGAUAAGAUGGCGAGUUUUCUGACUGAUUUGGCGAAGCCUUAUGUGGAGAAAUUGAUAAAUGGGGUGAUCAUAGAGUCAAGUUAUAUAUGUUGCUUCACGUGCAUUGCUGAUGAUUUUGAAGAAGAAAGAGCUAGAUUGGAAAUAGAAAGCACAACUGUUAAGCAACGUGUUGAUGUUGCAACAAGAAGAGGAGAGGAUGUUCAAGCUAAUGCUCUUUUUUGGGAAAAAGAAGUUGAUGAGCUCAUUCAAGAAGACACCAAAACAAAACAAAAAUGUCUUUUUGGAUUUUGUCCCCAUAUCAUAUGGCGUUACAAAAGGGGAAAGGAACUGACAAAUAAGAAGGAGCAGAUUACAAGAUUGAUUCAAACUGGAAAGGAACUUCAAAUUGGAUUCCCUGCUCGUCUUCCAGAUGUUGAACGCUAUUCAUCCCAACACUAUAUUCCUUUUAAAAGUAGGGAAUCCAAAUACAAAGAGCUUUUAGAUGCUCUGAAAGAUGACAACAAUUUUAUAACCGGGUUGCAAGGGAUGGGGGGCACAGGAAAAACUACAAUGUCCAUAGAAGUGGGUAAGGAACUUAAGCAAUCCAAACAAUUUACCAGCGUCGUCGAUACGACAGUGUCAUUAUCUCCUGAUAUUAGAAAGAUUCAAAAUGAUAUUGCUGGACAGUUGGAAUUGAAAUUUGAUGACUGUACUGAAUCAGACCGGCCCAAAAAACUAUGGAAGAGAUUAACCAAUGGUGAAAAGAUUCUUCUAAUAUUGGAUGAUGUGUGGGGAGAUAUUGAUUUUAAUGAAAUUGGUAUCCCAUACAGUGACAACCACAAGGGCUGUAGAAUUCUUGUAACCACGCGCAAUCUCUUAGUGUGCAACAGAUUAAGAUGCAGUAAGACAAUCCAACUGGAGCUCUUAUCUGAUGAAGAGGCAUGGACCAUGUUCCAAAGGCAUGCUGGUCUAACAGAAAUUUCAACUAAAAGUUUGCUUGACAAGGGCCGUAAAAUUGCAAAUGAAUGCAAAGGGUUACCAAUUGCAAUUGCUGUUAUCGCCAGUAGUUUGAAGGGCAUACGACAUCCGGAAGAGUGGGAUCGAGCCUUAAAAUCCUUGCAGACACCCAUGCACGGUGCUGAUGAUGAGCUUGUUAAAAUUUAUAAACGCUUGAAAGUUAGCUAUGAUAAUAUGAAGAAUGAGAACGCCAAGAGACUAUUGCUCUUGUGUUCUGUAUUUCGAGAAGAUGAAGAAAUUCCUACCGAAAGGUUAACCAGACUUGGCAUCGGAGGAGGCCUUUUUGGGGAAGAUUAUGUCAGCUACGAAGAUGCUCGAAUUCAAGUUGUUAUAUCCAAAAAUAAACUCCUAGAUUCUUGUUUGUUGUUGGAGGCCGAUCAAAGCGAAGUGAAAAUGCAUGACUUGGUUCGUGAUGCAGCCCAAUGGAUAGCGAACAAAGAGAUUCAAACAGUGAAGUUGUAUAAUAAAAAACAAAAGGCAAUGGUUGAAAGGGAGGCAAAUAUUAAAUAUUUGUUAUGUGAAGGCAAGCUUAAGGAUGUGUUUUCCUUUAAGAUUGAUGGUUCCAAGCUUGAGAUUUUAAUUGUCUCUAUGCAUAAGGAUGAAGAUUGUCACAAUGUAGAAGUCGAUGUUCUGAACUCGUUUUUUGAAAAUAUUAGGGGCCUUCGAGUUUUUCAUUUAAUCCAUGAUCAUAGUUAUUCUAGACUAGCUCUAUCAUUACUUCAGCCGGUUCAGAUGAUGAAAAAUAUUCGAUCUCUUCUCUUUAAGCUUGUCAAUUUGGGCGACAUCUCUAUUUUGGGAAACCUGCGAAGCCUUGAGACUCUUGAUUUGAGUUAUUGUAAAAUUGAUGAAUUGCCUCAUGAAAUUAGAAAACUAGAGAAAUUUCGAUUGUUGAACUUGGAAUAUUGUGAAAUUGCGAGGAAUGAUCCUUUUGAAGUGAUUAAAGGAUGCUCAUCACUUGAAAAGUUGUAUUUCAUAUUCAGUUUUAAUACUUUUUGUCGAGAAAUAACUUUUCCUGAAUUGAAAAGGUUUUUUAUCGACUCUAGCUAUUGGAGAUCAAAGAAUGAUUUGUCAUCAAGGUAUGUGUCUCUUGUAGUCAACACUCCUGAUGUUUUCCUAUGUGAAACAACACUCAAGUAUUGUAUGCAAGAAGCAGAGGUUCUUAGACUAAGAAGGAUGGAGGGGGGAUGGAGAAAUAUGAUGCCUGAGAUUGUUCCUAUGGACCAUGGUAUGAAUGAUCUAGUCGAGCUUAGUUUGAGUAGUAUUUCACAACUACAAUGCCUCAUUGACACUAAACAUACUGAAUCUCUAGUAUCAAAAGUAUUCUCCAAGUUGGUUGUACUAGAGCUCGAAGGAAUGGAUAAUUUGGAAGAAUUGUUCAGCGGUCCUCUUUCCUUUGACUCUCUGAACAGUUUAGAGAAUCUGUCCAUUGAUGAUUGUAAACAUUUGAAAAGCUUAUUUAAGGGCAACCUAAACCUAUUCAAUCUGAAGAGUGUGUCGUUGAAAGAAUGCCCGAUGUUGAUCUCCCUAUUUCAACUGUCAACUGCCUGUAGCCUAAUGUUGUUGGAGACGCUGGAAAUAAAUGACUGCGGAUGUCUUGAAUUCAUAAUAGAUGAAAGAAAAGGGGAGGAAUCGAGCGGUGAAAUAGUUGAUGAUAAUGAUAACACAAGUCAUGGCUCAAUGUUUCAGAAACUGAAAGUUCUUAGUAUUGACAAUUGUCCAAGAAUAGAAUUAAUAAUUCCGCUUCUCUCUGCUUGUGAUCUUCCAGCUCUAGAAUCCAUCACAAUAGGAAGUUGUGAUAAGCUGAAAUACAUAUUUGGCAAAGAUGUCAAACUUAGUUCCCUCGUAAAGAUGGAGCUUGACGGUUUACCAAAUAUGAUUGACAUUUUCCCUGAAUGUUAUGGUGCCACGACUUCACCUAUUAAGAGUUCAUCUUCCAUUUCUAGAUAUGCUUCUAAGCCACCAACACAGUCGGGUCCAAUCAAACGCAAUAUCUUUUCAUGGACUAAUGUUUGUUGUUGUGGUAAAAAAUAUGGGCACAAAUUAAGGAGUAACACAAGUACUGAAAUCUCAUUGGUUUCCCAGGAUCAACAACAUGACAACUUAAUGGAAUCAAAUUCAUAUCCCCUUAACAUAUGGGAAUGUGCUCAAUGUCUUUCAAGACAAUCACAUAUCUUGUGCAAUGUUACAGAGAUUACAUUGAGCAAUGUCUCAAAGAUGAAAUCGUUAUUUAACCUAUCUACUGCUCCAAGAAUGUUAUUGGAAACUUUGAAUAUUUGGAACUGUAAUGAAUGGAGGCACAUUAUAACAAUAGACACUGGAGAUCAUCAUGACAACCCUGAUGGCAAUAACUGGGGCACUGUCUUCCCAAAAUUAAGAAAGCUCGUUGUUUAUAAUUGCGCGCAAUUGGAAUAUAUAAUUGGACACUACAACGAUGGUCAUCAAAACAACACUAAGAUUCAUCUUCAUCUUCCAGCAUUGGAAGAUCUCUAUCUUGAGAAUCUGCCAAGUUUAGUUGCCAAUUACCCCAAACAAUAUCACACAACAUUUCCACAAUUGAAAAAACUUGUAGUUGAAGAAUGCCCGCAAUUUAUUGGUGAUUUCUUAACUCAUCAUUCAGUAACAAGAUCUGUGGACGAUACAAUCAUCAAGGUAUUCAUCCUUAUUUCUAUAUAUCUUUGUUGUUUGUAAAUCUAAACUUGAUGAUUUUAAGUAAACAUAUAUUUUAAAAUGAUUUUUUUUAUAUAUAUAAA